GUAUACGACCGCGCAUCAGCAGCAAACGAUGAUGGUGUCACAGACAUACUGGAACGAACUGUAGUAGCUUCAAGUCGACCAGUUCCAGUUGAUUCUUCAAUCAGUUAUCAACUCGACAAUCCCCUCCGUGUCUGUCCACGUGAAUCUUUUAUUUUGUGCUCGUCCAAUGCAAACUGUCCAUUGUUUAUCGCAUGCGACAUACGUAACUUUAGUGCCGACUAGAUCUUGCGGAAAGUGGGCGCGGAUUAAUUGCUGAGUGCUGUCAGCGGAUCAUCCUUAUUCGAACGAUUAAAUGAGCAAGCCGCCCCCCCUUUUUUGUUGUUGUUGGAUCAACUUGAAGAGAGAAAAAUAAAGAAGGAACGGAGCGUAACUUAGUCAGCCCUUUAUUUCAUCAGCUGGAAACAACGCUGACGAGCGAAAACGACGACAGUGCAGCAGACGUGUGACGACUUGAUCAGACAAGAAGACAAAAAACAAAAAUGGGGAAAUUAAGAAUGUCGCAUCACAAAUGGUGUUUUUAUUGGACGAUUAUGAUAGCGAUGCCUUUAGUGGCCAUUGGCCGACUCCAUGCGACGUCAAACUCGAGACCCCCGUUCAAUUUCACUUGGCCAACGAAAAAAGCGUCUGAAGUGGAAGGCGAUCUCAUCCUCGGUGGUCUCAUGAUGAUCCACGAAAGACAAGAUGACAUCACCUGCGGACCUGUCAUGCCGCAAGGUGGCAUUCAGGCCUUGGAGACGAUGUUGUUCACCAUCGAUCAAAUCAAUCCCAUCCUGUCCAGCACGGUUGGUUUCACUAUCGGAGCUCACAUCCUGGACGAUUGCGACAAGGACACGUACGGACUGGAACAGGCCGUCGCUUUCAUCAAAGGAUCGAUUAACAAUAUCGACGAUACAGAUUACAAAUGUCUGGAUGGAACGGUGCCGGAUGUGAGGAAUAAAGUCAUCUCCGGUGUCGUGGGCGCCUCAUCUUCGGUGACCUCUAUCCAGGUGGCAAAUCUUUUGCGACUCUUUAGGAUCCCCCAGGUUUCCUUCUUCUCGUCGAGUCCCGAACUGAGUAACAAGCAACGCUUUGAAUACUUCACGCGGACAAUUCCGUCCGACCAUCACCAAGUGAUGGCCAUCGUUCAGAUGAUCCGUUUCCUCAAAUGGACCUACAUUUCCAUCCUCUACGAAGAAUCCACGUACGGCAUCAAAGCAUUUGAGGAGCUGGAAGUGCUGCUGGCCAAGAACAACAUUUGUAUCGCUGUCAAGGAGAGGUUGGUGAAGGAUUCGGGCGUGGCCGGCGAAGCGGCCUACAAUGGCAUCGUUCACAAGUUGAACUCGAAACCGAAAGCGAAAGGUGUCAUCAUUUUCGGGUCGGAUCAGGAAGUGUCGGGAGUGAUGAGAGCCGUUCGACGCAACAAUCUGACGGCCAAUUUCAACUGGAUAGGAUCUGAUGGAUGGGCUGGCCGGCUGCUCGUCUCCGAAGGCAACGAACCAGAAGUCGAAGGCACUUUGGCUUUUCUUCCGCAAGCCCAUCCCGUUAGGGGAUUCGAUAAUUACUUUCUUUCGCUCACGCCACUCAACAACAAACGCAAUCCCUGGUUCAUUGAAUUUUGGGAAAAUCAUUUUCAAUGUCGCUACCCUUCUAGCCCACCAACGCCCUACAAUCAGGAUUGGCACCGGAUGUGUACAGGUCGAGAAAAACUAACUGCUGAAGGCACAGAAUUCGAAGGACAAUUGCAGUACGUCUCCGACGCCGUCAUGGCCUUUGCCAACGCUUUCAAGGACAUGCAUCAGACGGUUUGCAAAGGCCAACGAGGACUGUGCAAAGAAAUGGUGCCUAUCGAUGGAAGUGAAUUGCUCAAGUACCUGAGACGAGUUGAAUUUACAGGAUUGAGUGGUGAUCGUUUCCAAUUUGACGAUUAUGGCGACGGCCCUGCCCGCUACGAUUUAAUUCAUUUCAAGCAAGUCUCGACCGGUCGAUAUCGAUGGCUGCGAGUUGGCGAGUACCACUCGGGACAACUAAAACUCGAUGAGAACGAAGAGCUUCUAUUCCGCGGGGAUCAGGUGAUGCCACCGGAAUCUAUUUGCAGUCGGCCGUGCAACGGGUCACAAGCGAAAAAGUACGGAGGAGAGGGAUGUUGUUGGACGUGCGUCGAAUGCGUCCUCUAUCAGAUCCGGAAUCCGGAUGAUGAAACGCAAUGCUCAGCUUGUCCGCAAGGCACUCUACCCAAUGCGGAACGGAGUCAAUGUCUAUCCAUUCCUGAAGUUUACCUUCGCCCGGACACCGGAUGGGCCAUUGGAGCCAUGUCAUUUUCGACGAUCGGCAUCCUACUCACCUUUGCAGUUUUAGGUGUGUUUUUGCAACACAAUGACACGCCAGUGGUGAGAGCAUCUGGACGAGAGUUGAGUUACGUCCUGCUCAGUGGCAUCCUUCUCUGUUACAUGGUCUCCUUCCUGUUUGUCCUGCGACCAACGGACGUUGUUUGCGGAGUCCAGCAGACGGCCAUUGGCCUUUGUUUCAGCGUCGUUUACGCCGCAUUGUUUACCAAAACAAAUCGAAUCGCCCGCAUCUUCCGCGGUGGCAAGAAAUCCGCAGGACGACCGGGACUCAUCUCACCCAAAUCGCAAUUGGUCAUCUGUGGUGGCCUGGUCAGCGUCCAAGGAUUCAUUUUGCUGGCGUGGCUGUGGAUUUCACCGUCGGUGGCUAAACACGUUCAUCCGACACGUGAAGACAAUUUGCUCGUGUGUUCCUCUUUCACCGACGCUUCUUACAUGAUGGGGUUUGCAUAUCCGAUCCUUUUGAUUCUUCUGUGCACCGUUUACGCGGUGGUCACUCGCAAAAUUCCAGCCGCUUUUAACGAGUCAAAGUACAUUGGGUUCACAAUGUACACAACUUGCGUCAUCUGGCUGGCCUUUGUGCCCAUCUACUUCAGUACGGCGAGUCAUUUGCCGCUAAGGAUCACGAGUAUGAGCGUCACCAUCAGUCUGAGCGCCACCGUCACGCUGGCCUGCCUCUUUUCUCCCAAACUUUACAUCAUCAUUUUCCACCCGGAACGCAACGUCCGACAAGCGCUGACGGUGCCAACGGCCAAAGCGUCUGCAAUUCACCACCAUAAAAAUGGCCCGUGUUCCAACAACGGCCAUCUACCAAAUAACGGAACAAACAAGACGCCAGAACCCACAAAAGAACUGGUGUCGUCCACCGCUGUUCACAAUCAAUUGUUGUCGUCAUCCUCAGCCGGUCAACAAGUUCAAACUCAGCUGAUUCAAACGGAAAUCGGUCAAGACAAUGAAGGUGAUUUGACAGUAAAAGUGCUGACGACUAGCGGCACCAUCUCCGUUUCUCGGAUUCUGUUGAACGAUAAGAAUCGCAAUUCCACCAUCGCUUGUAGUCGUCAUAACAGAUCGCCCGCCACAGCCGUUCGUCACGUUUCCCUGUGAAACAAUUGCCCGCCAAUCGCUAUCCAUUUGAAAUGAUUUGAUUUUUGUACAGCAUCAAACGUCUUCAAUUUUACUUUGUCCGACAGUCGUGUCUGCCAUUUUAAAACGUAAUAUUUAAAGUCAGUUUUUGAUUAGGUGGCAAAAUAGAAUGUUCAACUUAAAAUGGCGUAAUGUUAACGAUAUAGGCUCUUGGUGGCUGAUUGAUGUACAUAAACAUGGAGUAGCAGCUUGAAUAAAUAACAAGUUAAUUGCUUCCCAUCCUA